AUUCCUUUCCUUCAAAACAUACAGAGACACUGGCAGCGAUCAAACGCCAGCCAUGGCUAAUUCUAGCUACGAAGCUACCGCCUUUGCUGUCGACGCAGUAGCUAAGAUCCAGACACAGGUCCAGGAGCUUUCCAAGCAGAAAGGCUUGAAGGCUUGGUGUGUUUCUCUCCAAGGUGUCCUGGGCCCCGCGCACAAACGACUCCAGGCACCCUCGGCAUCGGCCGAUCGCCAGCUCCAAGCUGUGCUUCCCAAGCUGCUCCAUCUGCUGGAUGGUCUCGUUCGACGGCACUGGCCUUGGGAUAAAUGGCCCCACCCCCGCGCCCUCGAACUUGACUCGUACCAGGGCCUCCAGAGCUUGUGUGAGGGCAGCCUCGACGCCAAACAUGCCGUCGAACGGAGCAUUCGAGAUCUCUCACGCCCUAUCAACAGAAAAAGCCAGGCUACACUCUACAAAACUUUGGAGAGCGUGGCCCAGAUUGAGGAGCCAGCGGACCCCGAUCUUGGAGACGGAAAAUGCAAAGUCGGAUGGAACGACUACGACUACCAAGCGCACAUCAAACGACUCUACUCUGUCUUAUCACGACAUUGCGUCUGCGCUCAAAACGAAACUAAGAUAGGGAUCUCAGCAACUUUGAGGCUAAACAACGAUGACGGCACGGCGGAGAGCGACGAUGGUGCGGCCAUGUUUGGUCUGCUGUUUCUGGGCCAUCCGCACCAGGACCAGGCACCGGACGCUUGCCUGUGGAAAGACACCAUCAUUCAGGUGCCUCUCGAAACAAGAGCCAGAGCGGCUAACGGUUGCAGAAGCUGGAAGGAUCAACUUUCGUCGUAUUCCGAAUUCUGUGGCCUCAUUUCACACCGAGCUCUUGGCCGGCUUCAGCUCGAGGUGGAGGACGGAUCUCUGGUCCCACGUGGCUCCAGGGAGCCGAAGCGGGUGUACUCGUCACGGUCACCAAGUCUGCCAUUGGCGAAAGUGCUGUCCAUUUCUCCCCCGCUGACAGCAAAGCCGAGGCUGCGUCUUUGCUACGAGUUGGCUAAAGCUGUAUGGAAGUUCUAUGACUCCGACUGGAUGGAGCCGGCCUGGACUAAGGAGGUCGUCCAUUUCAUGUUGCAGCGGCCCUUUACCGCAGGUGCCGAUGGCAUCUACGUGGAUGAUCCUAUGCUCCUGGUCCGUUUCGCCAAGGCAACCCCCGGCAAUGCCUACCGCCGUGAGGCUUUAUCUCACGAAUUCCCGAAGCUACUUGCUCUUGGUAUCAUGAUGAUGGAGGUGGAACUCGGGGUCCACAUUGAGGAUUACUUCGAGCCCGAAUGGCUCGAUCCCUCUUCUGGUGUUCCGCUACCAAACGCGGAUCACCUUGCGGCUUUGAAACUAUUCCAAGAUGAGGAGCGCUGGUCAAAUCAAGAUACCUUUGACGCGCUCAAGUCCGCGAUCGAGAUGUGCCUGAAGCCGGCGCAGUGGCGGAUUUUGGAAGAUCGCAGGGUGGCCCACAGAGAUGCUGUGUACCAAAAGGUCGUGGCUCCGCUCCAGCUUCUGUGGGAAGGCACUUACGCCAAGUCGCCUCGCAUGAGGGCCAUACGGAAGGAGGAACUAAGGUUCACAGAGGCCUCCUCCCAGCAUUUGACACAACCCGAAAAGAACGAGCAACCAAGCCCCGAGGACCCUCCACUCCCCGCCGUCCUACCUUCCCUUCAGCAGCUGUGCACAAUCCCGAAGAACGGAUGCAGGCGCGAAAACGCCAGGUCUGAUCUAGCAGCGAUACCAAACGGAGGUAAAUUCUCGUCGAGCGAGUGGUUCGAACACCUCAGGGCUUUCAAUGAGGCCCUGAGGAUAAAAGACGAAAAGAGAGACAAAUCGACUCCUCCGUCCAGGGUUGCUAUCAUCGAUACUGGAGUCUGUCCCACCUUGCAGGGCACUGACUUCGUCAAGGGGUACCGUGAUUUUGUCGAUGGCAAGCACGGCUCGUGCCAGGAUAGUAAACGAGGAAGCGACAACCACGGCACAAAUGCUUGCCGCCUUCUCAAGUUCGCCUACGCCGCGGCCGAAGUUUACGUCGCCCGCGUCUGGGAUAAAGGCGGCGAAUACACCGACGACACCCCGGGUCGCAUGGCCCAGGCCAUCGAUUACGCAUAUGCAGCCUGGGGUGUCGAUGUCAUCGUAAUCCCCUCGGGCUUCUAUCAAGAGCACGACUGCAUACGAGACGCCAUCUGUCGCACCGGCGAUAAGGGUGUCCUGGUGUUCGCCGCAGCUUCCAACCACGGGGGCCUCAAGCCCGUGACGUUUCCCGCAAACCUGCACUCCGCGGGCAACCUGUUUUGCAUAUUCGCCACCACGCCGGGGGGCAGGACGCUGGUCGAUUUCAACCCCAUUGCGCCCGACCCCGGCAAGCCCGGGAACAGCUUCGCGACCCUCGGCGAGGACAUAUGCCUGCCCCACGUGCCGGGACUGCUGUCCGGGACGAGCUACUCGGCAGUGGUCGCGGGGGCGAUUGCCGCGCAGCUGCUGGACUUUUCAAGGCAGGAGGACGUGCGGGAUAAGAUCAGGAAGAGGCAGUGGCUGACGCGGGUGGAAGGGAUGGGCGCCGUGCUUGCCGCCCUGUCUAGUCGGAGCCUGGAUGGUGGGCACCGCUGCCUCGCGCCGUGGCAGGCGCUGCCGUAUGUGGACGACGAGGUGCCCUGGGCCGACAGAAUAAGUUUGCGGAGGGAGCAGCUCCGCGAAACUCUGUCGGUUGCGUUGACGAGCACCUACUCCUAGACGGACGCUCUGCUUACUGCCUGCUAUUGUUCAUACCCAUCUAUAACUAGAUAUUUGUCCUUGUAGAAAACAUGGGAGAAAAAAGACAGGGAAAGGACGAUAGGAUCACUAUGUAAGGGGACUCGCCGGCGCUCGAACUAGAUAACUACCCAUCUACCAUGCAAGGAAAGGAUAAUUUGCUGCCGUCGUGUCGAGAAGCAAGUACAAUAAUACCUACAGAAAGAUGCCUGU